UGAGAAUGGGCAAGUCCGACAAAGACAAGAAGCGGAAACGCUCCGACAGCGACUCUAGUGACUCGUACACGUCAAGCAGCUCAGAGAGCGAUAGAGACGAGGAGAAGCGGCGAGACAAGAAGCGGAAGAAGCAUAAGAAGGACAAGGACCGCAAGGAGAAGAGCAAGGACAAGGACAAGAAGAGCAGCAAGUCUAAAUCCAAGGAUGACCUCGUCAAGCAGGCUCGUGCCUUCCUGGAGCAGCAGCUGGGCGGCGCGGGGACGGCUGGGAGCGGCCGUGGCGGCGAACCGCCGGCCUCCUCGGCGACUGCGGGGGCAGGGCCGCUGCCGCCGGUGCAGGUGUCCGAGGUGAAGGAGCCCAUCACGCCCGAGGACUACUUCCGCCGCCACGCCGAGUUCGCGGCGUUCCUGGCGGAGGAGCGCCGCACGCAGUUCAACGAGUUGAGCUCGGAGCGGAGUCACGAGCUGUUUGAGGAGUUUGUGCGCAUCUGGAACGAGGGCCGGCUGCCAGCCAGGUACUACGCGGGUAUGGUGGCGGCGCCCGCGCGGCGCACCGAGUACCGCUGGAACCUCAAGGGGGCGGCGGCGGUCGGCGGUCGGCCGGGCGGCGGGGCCAUGGGUAUGACGGCGUUCAUGGACGACCAGCGCAGCCAGAAGCAGGAGGCGCGGCUGGACGGGCGGCGGCAGGACCGCGCCCGCGCCAAGGAGCUGCUGGAGGACGUGGCGCCCAGGGAGACCGGCCGCGACAAGAUGGUGGCUGAGCGCGCUGCGCGGCGGGAGCUGGCGCGCUCGGGCCGCGACGACGACGGGCCGGGCGGCUACCUGCCGGGCGGCGGCCGCGGCGACGACGCGCUCAUGGGCGGAGACGACAGCUUCGCGGCAGCCAAGGCCCGGGAGGCCAAGCGGCAGGAGUUCGCGCGGCAGCGGGGUGUGGCCAAGAUGGAGGACGUGGCGCAGCGCGCCGCGGCCUUCCAGGCCAAGGAGGACGAGAAGCUGGCGGGGCUGCGGGCGCUGCUGUCCAAGGGGCCCAUCACCAUUGCCAAGCGGACGUGAGCCGGGCUGGCGGGCGUGGCAGAGGCGGCGGCGGGCGGCGCUGCAUUUGGGGGUGGAGGUGGAGGUGGUGCGGGCGGCGGGAGGUGUGGCGGGCCUGGAGCAGCAAAAGGACUGAUCUGCGGUGCAGCGUAGGGCGCAUUAGAGGAAAGUGUGCAAGAUGGAAAGCGCCGUGUGGCGCAUUUUGGAUUGGUCGUGUGGAGCAGGGGCAUGGGACGUUCUAUGGGUACAGCCGGUGUAGAGCAAGGUGGGGGUACUCAUCGCCUCACCGCAGUGCAUCGGAUGAACAUUGGACACGAAGGACAAGGCCUGAGGGCUGAUCGGGGUGCAAAGGAAGACUGCACCGGCUUCCGAGAAUCCUGGGUUUGCACCUGUGGUGCUUGCUAUCUCAUACGGCUGUAAGGUACCUGUUCG